CCGACAUUUAAGUACAAACGACGACCGGCUGAUUCGCCACAUCGUAAGGACAUCUCGUACGUACAGUUCGCGAUGCCACGUGUGAAGCCCGGCGAACGGCAGCGCGCCAAGGCGCCCAAGGAGUAUGUGACGGUGUUGUUGACGAUACCUACCUAUGCCGGCCAGGCCCCGGAUACGGGGACUGGACGGGUUCGUGGAGUCGACAAGGAACUUGGCUGACCCGCACACAGUCCGCCGAGUCAAGUGCGACGAGGGGCGGCCGACGUGCCAGCGAUGUAAGUCGACGACGAUGAGUCCUCCACGGCCCUGCCUGCCGGUGCGGCCGCGGAUGGUAGAAGCUACGGCACGGCACGGCAUGGCACGGCUUGGCACGGAACGGAACGCACGGGUCUGACCUCUUGGGAACGACAACAGGUAACACGACGGGCCGCAUCUGCGACGGCUACCAGCAUCACCGGCACAUCCAGCAGCAGGCGGCGGCGGCGGCGGCGGCGGCGGCGGGCCCGCUGAGCCCGGCGCCGAGUGAGCACCCGUGGGCGACGCCGGCGGAGUCGCGGUCGCUGCAGUUCUUCGUGGAGCAGACGGCGGUGCAGUUUGGCACCUUUCUGCCCGACGACCUGUGGAGCGUGCGGAUGCUGCAGCUGGCGCACUCGAGCUCUUGCGUGCGGCACGCGCUGGUCGCGUUGUCCGCGUACCACGAGCGCUUCCGCAUGGGCGACGGUGGCGAUGAGACAUACCAGAGCGGAAGCAGCGGUAGCAGCAGCGGCAGCAGCAGUGCUAGCGAGGCGCACGGCCUGCGCCAGUACAACAUGGCGAUCCGGGCGCUGCGGGUCGACCCGACGAUGCAUCUCCAGCUGGUGUCGUGCACCAUUUUUGUGUGCAUUGAGAUCCUACGGCGCAAUAUGACCAACGCCAUCAGCUUGUUCAAGCACGGUUGCGCGCUGGUGCGAAGCGUGAGCGCGACGGACCCAUCCAUUGACAAGACGCUGCGACUGAUAGAGGCGUUUUUCUCACGCAUCGCGACCCAAGUGUUUCUCGUCAUCGGUGGCGACAGGGAUCAUAGUCUGGCCAAGACGAUCCUGCCACUGCUCGAGCGGUCGUCCGGCGGGACCGACGAGGCGUCGACGCAAAGGACCAUCUCGUCCAUCGCCGAGGCGCGCGAGUGGCUGCUGCAGCUGGCCGUCGCAUACGGGCGCGACAUGCCACCGCCGGCGGUGACGGCUCUGGCGCGGCGGUUCGCCGCGUGGUCCUCGGCCUUUGACGCCUUCCGGCGCUCCAUCAAUAAGUCCGGACGCGUGCUGGGCCCGGCCGAGAGGCGGGCGCUGGCGCUGCUGGAGCUGCACCGGCGUUAUCUGUCCAUCAACAUCGCGGCGCUGGACCAGGAGGACCGCGAGGACCCAUCGUCGUGGGACCAGUGGACCGACGAGUUCCGCGAGAUGGUGGGCUUCGCCGAGGAGGCCGCGGCCGACGACAACGAUGGGCCACGCUUCUACCUGGAGAUUGGGGUGCUACCGGCGCUCUUCUUUCUAUGCGCAAAGUGCCGCGACCCGGAGACUCGGCGACGGGCCAUAGAGCUCAUGGCGCGGGGCCGGGUGCAGGAGGGCAUCUGGGGCAGCGACAUGGCGGCCAAGGUGGCGCGGCGCGUCGUCGCGCUCGAAGGCGGGCUCGGCGGCGGCGGCGGCGCCGUCGUAGCGGGCGACGCGCGCGUGCGUCGCAUCGCGGUCCACGCCGACGCGGAGACGCUGAGCGUAGGCUACGAGCUGAGGGGCGGGUGGGUGCAGGAGGCGGUGGAGGAGAUGCAGGACGUCGUUGACGUGGAUUGAUAGUAUUGUCUUGUUGUCGUUGCUGCGGCGAGUGUUGUCUGCGGCAUAAUAGACGACGCGAAGAUAUAAAGGUUUAUGUUGGAGGCGGGGGAAGGAAGAGAAGGAGGGGCAGGGAGGAUGAAGAAGAGGGAAGGAGGAACUGGAGGUUGCUCUGCAGCCGCAGUCGCCCGUGGCGGGCCUUCCCGCUCUGCCUCCCUCCAACAACAACAACAUCACCACCAACACACACGUAACCCCCCCUCGGCGCCGCGAUCCAGACCGGGCCUGGACGAAGCCCAAGCACGGCUCCUACAGCAUCCAUGACGACCUCCAUACCUGCAGGCACAUUGUCUAUAUGGCCAUCUGUACAAGUACGUAGCAUGCAUACGGAUACUCGUAUGCAGGCACACAUUGUAAUGAUCACAUGUAAUAAUCAUAGAAAAUAUCAGAGCACGCUCCAAGCGAGCAUCCACUUCACCG